AUGACGGCCAUGCAGGCUCUUUUCCCGGGAGAGCUCAUCGGGUACAGGUUACCCAACACCUCGGCGGAGAAGCACAAGAAUGACGAACAAAUCCUCCAUCGUGCAGCGCACGUGCUGCUCGCCUGGCCUUUCGACGGCGUGCCUGCUGGUACGUGCCCCAUACACGCCCAGCAGCUUGCGCUCGACCGCAACUUGGUGCACCGAGAUCUGAAGUGUGAGAACGUGCUGCUUUCCGCUGACGGCCGCAGGGCCAAACUCACUGACUUUACUUUUAGCAAGGAGGCCAACAGCUACCCGGACCUGAGCAGCACCUUCUUCGGGUCGGCACCCUACGCUUCCCCAGAGGUGCUGAUGGGCAUCCCCUACGACGCCAAGAAGUACGACAUGUGGAGCCUGGGGGUGAUGUUCUAUGUGAUGGUGGCCGGCUGCAUGCCCUUCGACGACACUCACAUCCACAGCAUGCCCCAGCAGCAGAAGAAAGGGGUUCUGUACCCAGAGGGGCUGCAGCUGCCGGAGCCCUGCCGAGCCCUCAUCACCCAGCUGCUCCAGUUCAGCCCGGCUUCCCGGCCCGGUGCGGGGCAAGUGGCCAAGAACAGCUGGCUGAAGGGGGACAUCUGA